GGGGAGGAGUGAGUGUGAUCUGCAGGGUAGCAAGUGAAGAUUUACCAUUUCUCAAGCAACCACGCCAUAAACCCAAAGAUAUACAAUGGCGGCCUUCAUAGCCGAGAAUUUUAAAUUCCUCGCUCUUUUUUUUAAAAGCAAAGAUGUUAUGAUAUUUAAUGGACUCGUUGCCCUCGGAACGGUGGGCAGUCAGGAAUUAUUCUCAGUGGUCGCUUUUCAUUGCCCUUGCUCUCCAGAGAGAAAUUACUUGUAUGGACUGGCUGCUAUUGGGGUCCCGGCCCUCGUAUUAUUUCUCAUUGGGAUAAUGCUAAAUAGUCACAUGUGGAAUAUGGUAGCGGAGUGUCGAAGAAGGGGGAUAAAGAACUGUUCUGCUCCGGCAACAUUCUUAUUAUUUGGAUCUGUUGUUGGACGGGCAAUGGUGGCUCCCAUCACUUGGUCUGUGAUUUCACUGCUUCGGGGAGAAGCCUAUGUUUGUUCCAGGAGUGAAUUCCUUAAUCCUUUGUCAUUUCCAGAUGUAACUAAUUUUUACGGACCAAAUGUCAUGGCCAGAAUUCCCUGUAAGGAUGCCUCAACCAACAUUUUGGCCUUUAGAGAAGAUGCAAUAAGAAGAUUAACGUAUGAAUCUCAGUUCCUUGGAUGGAUGGUGAUUGGAAUAGUUGCAUCGACAAUAUUUUUGGUCAAAUGUUUGCAACAUUGUUGUUCACCUUUAAGUCACCAUCAGGAGGCCUACUGGGCUCAAUACCGGAGCUGUGAGAAUGAUCUUUUCAAUCGUACAGCUGAAGUCCAUGCGAAGGUCUUAGCAGCCAGUAAUGUCAAGCAGUUCUUUGGCUUUGUUGCUUUGGAUAAAGAUGAGAAGGAAAUGGUCCAUGAUUACCCAGUGGAUGAGACACAGACAAGUCCUCAGUGGAAUGAAAUUACUGGUGUCUACUUGUACCGGGAAAACAAGGGCUUCCCAUUGUACAGCCGUCUCCACAAAUGGGCAAAGAAAGUAAUUGGGAAUGGUAUGGAUCCGGAUGGACGUGAAAUGGCACUGCUUGCAGUGUAAACCUUUUCAUGGACUUGACUUCUUAACCAAGCGUACUUCAUGUUUUUCGGGGCUAAUCACUGGUAACCAAGGUAAUGGUGUUGAUGGGAUGACAUGGUGGGACAAAUGAAGAGAUGGUUUGGUCAUCGGAACUUUGAAUCCAGAGACACCAUCUAUUGAGUGUAAAAUGUUCACAAGUUGUUAUCUCUUUACAUAUCUUGCAACGGACAAUGUGCUGCAGAUAUUUGAGAUAUUAAACAUGUCCUAUAAGACUCCAGUUCCUGGCUAGGGAUGAAUGACUAAAUGACUGCUUUAAAAAGGUUCUAAACUUGGAACAGCAUGACUCCGCACUAACACCACACAGAGAAUACUUCUGAUAAGAUAAUAUAUAAAUAUAUUUAUUCUUUUCAUAAACUACAGACAUUCUUUUCUAAGAGGGUACACGUGUAGAUCAAGUGUGGCCAGAAGGUCCACAACGGUGUCUAGCCUCUAUGAUGAUUUGACAUAAUGCUACAACAGUGGUUAAUUUACCCUUUGACCUUCUCUGUGGUAGACAAUAUAUUGGUAUGGAUGCAUGAGAUAAAUAUGAAAAAGAACAAAACACUGAAAACCACUAAAGCACUUCAGAAAAGUGUCUCCCCAUUGUCAGAUAGCCAGAGGGUGGUUACUCUUCCUGUCCGCUUUGUACCCAAACCAAAAUGUAAAGCAAUGCUUCUCAUAGUCCUGCGUCCCGCGUAUCUCUAUGAGAAGCAUUCUGUUGGCCAAGAGAAGAUUUGUGGAGAUGAUCUCAUAGCGAGUGGAGCAGAGAUGUGUCAAGGAAUUGUCUUUUUUUGGAGGGGAGAGCCGUGGUUGGCAUUAAUCUAAAUUGCCAAUAUGCCACUCCAGCGUUACAAACAAAGGUAUUUAUUAAAAAAGCUUAAUUGGUCCUAUUUCAGCUGUAUUCAGAUUGAACUUUAUAAAAAACAUUGUUAACUGCUAAUUGUAUCUGAGUUCCAAUUAACAGCUCCUCAAGCUUACUUCAGGACCAGUCAAGGGCUUCUCAGGUCCAAACUGGCAAAAAGAAAAUGCUGAGCGAUAAAAAUUCAUCUGAAUAUAAUCGGCUCCGAAGAGAACUCCUCACAGUUUGGAAUUUAGUAAAAAAAAGUCACUUGGGUUAAAAAAAAAAAUAUUUUUCUAUAAUUAAAACCUUGCCUUCAUGUCAAACUAUAACAGGAACAAUAUUUAACAAGCUCCCAAUCAGGUCAUGAUGAUUAUUUAUAUUUUCUUCCUUUUUCCAAACUACCACGUGUUGCCUCCGAAUUCUUUUUAGAGACCUUGAUAAAGGCGCCUUUUAAAUGUACACAUCUUGGUGGACUUUCCAAUAUCUAUAUUACGUUAGAAAGACAAUCAUUGUUAUUCACCAAUUUGAGAAUUCAAAGUAAAUUUCAGAUAUAGGAGCAAAAUAGCCAAAUUGGGAAAAGUUCUCUAAGUCAGUUUGGCUACUCCACCCUUAAAUCUAAAAGUCACUUUUAAUUCACACUUUAGUAAAUGGCCCUGAAUAUAUAAAAUAAAUAUCUGCAUGUUUAUCUUUUGCAAGUAGUUUCCAUGUUGUUUUCCUAUUCUUGUUGUUGUAUCAGUUUUUUUAUAUCCAGGAUUUGGCACUGUCGGCGUGUCCUCCCUUAACCCUCCCCGGGAGCAAUCUGUAUGACACACAUACAAUUAUGCUCAGUCUAAUUUCAUUGAAAAUUGUAAUAUUACUCGUAUAUGCCUUUUGCAGUUUCUCGGCUUGAUCUCUUUAAUUAAAAAUUGAUGAACACAGCAGGGCUAAAUCUUUUACGUUACAUUUAUUUCCCGUUAUGCUGCACAGAAGUGUCUUUGGUUAGGGACACCUGAUGAGAUUCCCUUUUAGACAUGAAAGAUCCAUUUGUAUUUUUGUGUUCAUGUUAAGACUGGUACUUUUAUAAUUAACUUUAUUAUAAACCAUAUUUGUCCUUCUGCCUAGAGUGUCUUUAACCGUUUACGUGUGCAUGUGGCAUACAUACAGUAUCGCCAUUGCAACACUAAAAUUAAUGAUGUUUUGCAAAUAACACUGUUAAAACCUCAGGAAUUGUAUGUUUCUCGUUAUAAAUUUUGUACAUAUGUUUUUUGUUUUUUUUAAUGCAUGCAAGUUUUACAAUAAAAUAUUUCAUAUU